AUUUUGUUGACCUCCCAUCUUUUACCUUUGACCUUUACUGCGACAGCAAGCAUGGCGGCAUCCGUUCAACGCAUCGCCAGUGUCUUGUCUCGUCCUUCUCUCAUUUUACACACCGUCCGGCGCUGUAAGCCAUGUCCUCAGCAGCUGCCUGUCAGAUUAUGGACUCGGCCUCCGUUCCUGCUACCAAGCCACUCGCUGUGCACAGCACCAUCAGACAAAGAUGUGGGUGCAGCCGAGGCUUUGGACCGUUACAAGGACAGACCUUGGGAUUACCUGGAGAGUGAAGAGUACAUUGAACGCUAUGGAACCAAUUCUGUUUGGGUGGGCUACAGAAGGAACCACAAAGGAGGCAUACCACCCCAGAAGACACGCAAGACAUGCAUUAGAGGGGGUAAAAUCUGUGGAAACCCUUGUCCUAUUUGUCGGGAUCCAAAUGUCAUCAUCCAUUAUCAGAACGUGAAGCUGUUGCAGCAGUUCAUUAGUCCUCACACCGGGACCGUGUAUGAUCCCACUCGAACAGGUGUGUGUAUGAAACAGCAGAAGAUGCUUAACAAGGCAGUAGACACGGCGCGUGAUCACGGUUUGCUACCCUUCCAGAUUCCCUUCAUGGAUUUAUCAGAAGACUACAACAACUCCCAUGAUGCUGUGGGAUCUACACCACCUCCUUCAUUCCUGAGCUGUGGUGAAGCAUGGUAUAAAUGGUAUGACAACAUCACGCCCCGUGAAGCAGACGUGGCUAAAGUUAAGAAAAUAUACAAGGAUUACUUAAAAGUGUGAAUUGUCUCCUGA